CCCCGCUGCAGUUCACUGCGUUUCCGUAGCCAGUUUGCUACCCGCUGAGCCCUGGCGGAACAGAAACUGCUCACGGAAACGAUUGAUACCAAUCGAAUAACGCCAGAGCUGGUCACAUAAAUGGAGGAUUGCCACUGAUAUCGGAAAGGUCUGGUCUGAUCCAUGUUCGUGACUCGGGGGCUUUUGGAGAGUGCGCUGGCAACACCCUCCGUAACAUGUGAGAUGUAUACAGAAAGAUAUUAACAGUGCGUUAUUUCGGCCAACUAGCUAGCAGCUACCCCCGAUCCAAUUUAUGGUAGCUCGCUUGAUUUGUUUCCCCGAUUUUAACCGUCGCGUCUGUUGUAACGGAGGAAAAUGAAGAAGUUUAACAUUAGGAAGGUGCUGGACGGCUUGACAGCGGUUUCCUCCUCUUCCUCCUCCUCCGCAACAGCUCAGCCGGGGACUCCAAAGGAAAACGAUGUGGUCCAGGAGACACUCCAGUCGGAGCAUUUUCAGCUUUGCAAGACUGUGCGUCAUGGCUUCCCGUAUCAACCAUCCUCCAUGGCUUUUGACCCUGUGCAGAAAAUCCUGGCCGUCGGGACUCAGACGGGAGCAUUGAGACUCUUUGGCCGUGCUGGUGUGGAGUGCUACUGUCAGCAUGAGAGUGGUGCUGCUGUCAUCCAGCUUCAGUUCCUGAUCAACGAGGGGGCGCUGGUGAGUGCCUUAGCUGAUGACAGCAUCCACCUGUGGAACCUGAGGCAAAAAAUCCCCGCUAUCCUGCAUUCCCUCAAGUUCAGCAGGGAGAGAAUCACAUACUGCCACCUGCCCUUCCAGAGCAAAUGGCUGUACAUCGGAACAGAAAGAGGAAACAUCCACAUCGUCAACGUGGAGUCCUUCACUCUCUCAGGCUAUGUCAUCAUGUGGAACAAAGCCAUCGAAUUAUCCACCAAGACACACCCAGGGCCUGUGGUUCACAUCAGUGAUAACCCAAUGGAUGAGGGGAAGCUUCUGAUUGGAUUUGAGUGUGGGGUAGUGGUGUUGUGGGAUUUGAAGUCCAAAAAAGCUGACUACCGCUACAAUUAUGAUGAGGCGAUCCACUCAGUUGCUUGGCACCAUGAGGGGAAGCAGUUUGUUUGCAGCCACUCUGAUGGCACUCUGACCACAUGGAAUGUACGUGCCCCAGCCAAGCCUGCACAGAUCAUCACACCACAUGGAAAGCAGCCUAAGGAUGGAAAAAAGCCAGAGCCAUGCAAACCUAUCCUGAAAGUGGAGUACAAAACAACCAGAGCUGGGGACCCAUUCAUGGUCCUGUCUGGAGGUCUGUCUUAUGACACAGUGGGGAGGAGAGCCUGUCUGACUGUGAUGCAUGGUAAGAGUACUGCUGUCCUGGAGAUGGACUAUCCCAUUGUUGAUUUCCUAACGCUGUGUGAAACUCCAUAUCCAAAUGACUUUCAGGAGCCUUACGCUGUCGUGGUCCUCCUCGAGAAGGAUUUAGUUGUAAUAGACCUCGGACAGAUUGGAUACCCAAUAUUUGAGAAUCCCUACCCUUUGACUGUCCACGAGUCACCAGUUACCUGCUGUGAGUAUUUUGCUGACUGCCCUGCUGAACUUAUUCCUGCACUUUACUCCGUCGGCAGUCGGCAAAAGAGGCAAGGUUAUAGCAAGAAGGAAUGGCCCAUCAGUGGAGGAAACUGGGGCCAAGGAGCACAGAGUUACCCAGAAAUCAUUAUCACUGGACAUGCUGAUGGAUCUAUAAAAUUUUGGGAUGCUUCGGCAUUAAUGCUUCAAGUGCUGUACAAGCUGAAAACUGCCAAGGUGUUUGAGAGGGCCCGAGGGAAAGAGGAGAAGGGAGGCACAGACAUAGUGGAAGAGGACCCGUUUGCCAUCCAGACUUUGUCCUGGUGCCCCGAGAGCAGGAUGCUCUGUGUGGCCGGAGUGUCCGCACACAUUAUCAUCUAUAGGUUCAGCAAACAAGAGGUCAACACUGACGUUGUGCAGCUUUUGGAGGUACGGAUGCAGUGUGAGUUUAGUGACGUGGACUCUCCUGAUCCGGGAGGAGAGCAGACCCCCACCCUGCCUACCUCUGGAGCUUCCUCCAGCCCACAGGAGAGUGAACCUCCCACACAGCCCUCCACAGGCAGCAACUCCUCUGACGGCCCCCGGGACAACAUACCAUGCCUGCAGGUGCGGAGCUCCACGCUGAAGCAGUCUCCAGGCUACCAGGUGGAGUUGGUGAUCCAGCUGGUGUGGGUGAGCGGGGAGCCACCUCAGCAGAUCACCAGCCUGGCUAUCAACUCCUCCUACGGCCUUGUGGUGUUUGGAAACAGUAAUGGUCUGGCUGUGGUGGACUACCUCCAGAAAACUCUGCUCUUCAAUAUGGGCACCUCAGAGCUGUACAGCCCAUCUGAACCCUACCAGAGGCAGCCUCACUCCCCUCGCAAAGCACGACAGCCAUCUGGAGACAUUCCUGUGGCGUCUUGCAUGUCCAGAAUUUCUUUCUUAUAUACUGAGUCUGUGAAAAAACUCCGCUCCUCUCACUUCACUCUGUGUGAUUCCAACGAUGGCUCCAACACCUCAGAAGACCGCUGCAAGUCACCCACUUCAGGAUCUACCUCACCCUGCAAUUCUGAUGAUGAACGAAAACAGAAGUUCAUAGAGAAGGUGAAGUUCAAAAGCAGGCGAUUUUCCAAGACGGUUGCCAAUGACUUUGCCAGGAUGUCACGGAAAAUUAGUUCGUCUAGUGAGCAAAAGCCAGACUUGGAGAAUUCGUUCCAACCAUUCCGUGCUAUGACAUCUCGGAGGCGCUCAGUCAAAGAUGGCACAGAAUCUUCCAGGAUGAGCCUCAAGAGCUGUGUGUGUAGAACUAAAUCAGCCCCCAACUCCUAUGCCAAGGAUAACUCAUUCAGCCGCUCACGUAGUUCAAGUGUAACCAGCAUAGACAGAGAAUCUCGAGAGGCCAUCUCAUCCUUUCACUUCUGCGAGAGUUUCCCCAGGAAGGCAGACGGCCUGAUGAAUCCCAGUCUGCUGGUGGGAACCACCCAGGGCUCUGUGAUGAUGGUGGCUCUCAGCCUGCCACCCACUGGAGAUCAGAGACUGCAGCAGCCAGUGGGCAUCUCCUCCUGCGGCACACUAGUCAGACUGAAAGGAGGCAUUCUAACAAUGGCCUUGCUGGACGCUGCUGGAACUCUGCUGCCCCCUUCCUAUGAGCAGUGGUAUGACCCCAAUGCCUCAGACGAGGAGAAAGAAAAGAACCGGAGGCGCAGACCAGCCUCCCCCCCUUCAUCACAAGAGGGCCAGGACUCCCAGUAUGCUGUGCUGUGUUCGGAGAAACAGGCCAAGGUGGUGGCUAUGCCCUCCCAAACCCGCGUCUACAAACACAACAUCACAGAGACCUCGUUCGUGUUGAGAGCUGAUGUGGUGCUUAUGGCCGGGGCCAACUGCAUCGCCUGCUUCUGUGCCAACGGCCACAUCAUGACGCUAAGUUUGCCCAGUCUCCGGCCUCUUCUGGAUGUCAACUACCUGCCCCUUACAGACAUGAGGAUAGCCCGGACCUUCUGCUUCUCCAACCUGGGUCAGGCCCUGUAUCUCACCUCCCCAACUGAAAUCCAGAGGAUCACAUAUAGCCAGGAGACCUGCGACAACCUGCAGGAGAUGCUCAGUGAGUUGUUUACUCCUGUGGAAACACCGGAGGCUCCUAACAGAGGAUUCUUCAAAGGCUUGUUUGGUGGAGGAGCUCAGUCUCUGGACAGGGAGGACCUCUUUGGUGAAACAGCUGCUGGUAAGGCCUCCCGCAGCCUGGCCCAGCACAUCCCGGGCCCUGGCAGCAUGGAGGGCAUGAAGGGCGCCGCGUCAGGAGUUGUGGGAGAUCUAGCUCGUGCUCGGAUAGCCCUGGAUGAGAGAGGGCAGAAGCUGGGCGAGUUGGAGGAGAGGACAGCAGCCAUGAUGGCUAGCGCAGAGUCAUUCUCUAAACAUGCUCACGAUAUGAUGCUCAAGUACAAAGAUAAGAAAUGGUACCAGCUCUGAUGGCAGCGUGGGGGAGCAUCGGACUCUAAUCACACACCAAGUAUCUCUGAGGAGCUACAGGACCCCUCGUCCUCUCUACUCAAUUUCUCUUCACAAAGUGUGUGUGUGUGGGGGGGGUUCUGUUCGACAGACUCAUGCUUUUAUUCUCAGCACAAGUCUCAUACACUCUGCAUUACCUCAGUCACCAGAGGACUACAACGGAGAAGACACUAGCUGACCCAACAUAAUGAGGACGGAAAAGAAAUGGAAGAGAAAUCUCUUAACAAAUCUGUCUUUCCAUUUCACCUGAGAGUAAUGAUGUUCAUUUGACAUCAGCCUGCAUAAAAGGAGAGAGGGGACCGAUCAUACCCAUCAAUCAUGCACACAUAUAUAUCUGAAAUAAAUAUAUAUAAAUAAAUAUAUAUGUGUGUGUGUAUAUAUACACACACACACCCUGCUGUUUUGCUCUGAAAGAGGAAAGACAGUUCUGCAAAACAUGUAGUCGUGGUUCGUGGUGGCCUGAUGGCAGUUGUUCUUUUUCCUUUCUCUGCCCUUUAUGGUGUCUGCCAAACAACAAUAGACUCAAAUGAGGAGAAAAGUCUGAUGAAAUCUCAUGAAGGUUGUGAUGUUUGUAUGAGAGUUAUUGAAGAAUCAAUGAAGGCUUUUAUUUUUUUCCUGUCUAAAUUAUUUUUAGAGUUUGAUUUCAGUUUUGUUUUUUUUUUGUCCAGAAAGGGCCUUUUUAAGCACUUAGAGCAGUGGAAACGUGGGACAGGGAGAUGAUUAAAUGUUUUGCCUCGCACAGAAUAAGGGCUGGUAGUACACUAGUUCAUCACCUAUCAUACCUUUCCCAGCAUUUUCCAACCAAGUCGUUUUGGGAAGGAAAGUUAUAUGAAGUGUUUUAGAGUUUUCCUCUCUUUCUUAUUUUAAAUUAGGCUAUUUAUUGGAUUGCAGAAGUUUGUCGGGCAUUAAGUAAUUCAUUUCCUUUAAAUUAGAGGCACAAGAAGUGCAGAAAAUGUUUACCCCUGAUCAAUAGUUUACAUUGAUCUAUGAGAAAAAUGACAAGUUGAUACACUGGAGAAGUCCCUGAAGGUCAGAGUAUAUUCAGACUUUUAAGGGGCUGGAGCUUGGGCUGGGUGAUAAAACUAUAAUGAUAUUCAUCCUAAUCUAAUUUUAUAUUAGGAUAAAUGUAAUUAUUGUUACAUACUUAUUUUUAGGGUUUAAUUUGUUUACAUUACCAUUUAAAGCAUGCUUGAGUGUUUCCAUCCUGUUAAAGAAGAACUUUGAUUGCAUGUGUCAUGGGUAUUUGGAUUUAAUGUUAAAUCAAAAUGCGUAAAGUGAGUAAAACAAGCACGAAAUCACAAAGUCGGAGGUGUGUUUUUGUCUUAUGUCUUUUAUGUUUGUCAUUUUUGUCUUGUGAUAUGCUUUUGUUUGAUUCCAUCUUCUGUCAUCUUUAUUUUAUUAAAUCUUUUACAUUAUUUUAAUUUUGUUGUGUCUUUAAUGUAAUUUUUGGUGUGUAGUCAUUCAUCAUUUCUGUCUUCAUAUGUUCUAGGCCUUUUGUUUUAUUGUAUAUUGUAUGUCAUUUCUGUCUGGUCGUGUUUUUGAUGGCCAUUCCGUGUUGCGUCUUAUGACAUUUUUUCUGUGCAUGUUUUUUUUUUUUCCAUUUCUGUUUUAUCGCGUCUUGUACCUCAUUUCUGUCUCGUCACGUCUCUUACCUCAUUUCACUGUCAUGUCUUUUUUGUCUUUUUUCAUCUUGUGGACUUAAGUCUUAUCGUGUCUUUUCCUUCAUUUGUGUCUUAUUUCUUCAACUUUCACUCAGGACCGAAAAUAAGCCUUUAAACUUGAAAAAAAAAAAAAAAAAUUAUUUGACAGUUAUUGUGCUAAUCACUGAUAUUGAAUGAUAUGGAAGUUUUUAUCAUAAGAACAUAUUUGGCUUAUAUCACCCAGCCCUAGCAGUAGCAACAUUUAAUACAGAAGGUGUGUUGAAUGACAAUUCAAAGAUUGUCCUUAAUAUAAUUAGAUUGCAUAAAUGUAUAUUUUGGUUACAAUUCUCUGUUUUCGUGUGUGUCUGUGUGAUUUUACAGAUUAUAUUUGGGCGUUUUAAUAGCUGAAGUUUUCUUUGUCUUGUAUAUCUUUGUGUAGGGCAAAAGCAUGUGUCUCUUCCACAUCAGUGGAUAUGGUAAUGCUGUCUGUGUAUUCAUAGCUGCCAGUUGAAAUGACCAAGCGUCACAGAGUGUUGUUCCACACAGUGCCAUUGGUCAUCUCUCUCUCUCUGAAUCAUUCACUUCAGAACUGUUUCUCUUCUGCCUUUGCCUCAUAUAUGCUAACCUCUACCUAUGUGUAUAUCUGUGUGUUUGUGAACAUACAUAUAUUCAGGAAUAUGUGUAUGGGCGCCAUAUUUAUAUUGCUACGUAGAUACAGUGUAUUUACAAUAGGUCUUUGGAGGUUUUUGUUUUUGCUUGACAGUGUUUUUUAAUGUGAUUAACUAGAAUUCUAUUGCAAUUUUUCAUGAGAUGCGAGGAUCCGCUGCUAUUCGUGUCAAUGUAUGAGCAUUAUCUACUGAAAGAGAGAGAGAGAGAGAGACACAAGACUUUUGUCAGUCCAGAUUGCUGCCAAAUGUUGUAAAUAAUGGGACAGCUGGACACAAAUCUGACAGUGCAAGUUCAGGCAAUGUGACAUACUGUACGCUUGUUAUUUUCUGACACCAAAGACUUGCUUCAUUUCACAGAGUUGUCUUGAUUUUCUUUCUUUUUUUUUUUGUUCUCCAAAACAAGUCUUUCGAAGAGUAUGUUUGAUGGUGCGUUUAUGUCAAGACUGUACUUAGAGGGGGUGAAUUUAUAUUGGGGGCACGCCACCCUCAUUACCAUUCCUGACUGCUGUAUGUUUAGGAGACAGGCAAACCUGAAGACUUUGAUUCCAAAAUGAGAUAUCCACAGUAGAAAAUAAUAUGUUUACAUGCACAACAUAUCUUGGUUUUUGCCCUUAUUCUGAAAAAGAAAACAUUCCCAAUAAGCUGUUUAAAGGAUUAAUUAAAAUAGGAAUCAGAAAUAUAAUAUUUGAAUAGUGUCUUUUCAAAGUUACUCCACUGUGUUAACUCAGCCUCUCAUUUCCAUCCCCUCAGAUAUGAUCCUGAACACGUCAACAUUUCUCUGCUUAGAUCAAAAACCUCUUUCGACCGUACAGUAGGUGUGCUUUUCCUCAGAGCAUCAAUCCCUACCAGUGAGGAUCUUUGUCUCUACUCUGACCCGCUGGACAUAGAGGUCAUGUGUCACAGCCUAAGAUAAGACCUGCAAAAGUGACAGAUAUUCUG